AUGGACGAUUUGCUAACGGGAGACGACGAUUUUGAUGCCCUUAAGAGUCUAAAGGCGACUUUAGCUACAGUGUUCAAGGACUAUGGGUUUGAAUUAAGGAAAUGGGCAAGUAAUGAGGGUAAAAUUCUCGAGGAGUCAGUAGAGGACAGCGAGCCGAAACAUUUUCAGGAUCUCAAGGACCCUAAAACACUUGGACUUUUAUGGGAUCCAGAACACGACAUUUUAAGAUUUUCUUUACGGAUCAAAUAUUCUCAGAAGGUUACAAAACGAACCAUUCUAUCGGCUGUUGCUCAAAUUUUUGACCCUUUAGGAUUGGUGGGCCCAGUUACGGUACGCGCUAAAAUGUUGUUACAAAAAUUGUGGCAGUUAAAACUAACCUGGGAUGAAACAGUUCCGCAGGAGAUUUACACCGCAUGGACUCAAUAUCAAACCCAGUUGAGGAAUCUGGAGGACAUCGUAAUACCAAGACAAGCACGCCGAGGGGACGCAGAUACUAUUCAACUUCAUGGAUUCAGUGACGCUUCAGAGAGAGCAUUUGGAGCAUGCAUCUAUGUAAGAGCUACAGAUGAACAAGGCAAUCAUACUGUACGUUUAUUAGCAGCAAAGUCACGAGUAGCACCUCUACAUACGGUCACUCUUCCCCGAUUGGAACUUAAUGGCGCGGUGUUACUAGCAAGACUUUCCGAGAAGAUUCGAAAUGCGUUAAAUAUCGACAAAACCAGAUUCUACUGGUGGAGUGAUUCAGAAAUAGUACUACAUUGGAUUGCAGGAAACCCCUCACGGUGGAAUACUUUUGUGGCCAACAGGGUUGGAGAAAUACAAGAACUCACCACAAAUAGAUGGCAGCAUGUAUCGACACAUCAUAAUCCAGCAGAUAUAAUAUCAAGGGGUAUGGAGGCCUCAGAAUUAGUCCAGUCCGACUUGUGGUGGAAGGGCCCAUCAUGGUUGUCGGAGGACGAGCAACGUUGGCCUAUACAACCGGUGCAAUUACCCGAAGUAAUACCAGAGAUCCGUCAAGGAAAAUAUCAGUCACUGAUGAUCCAAGCUAAACCUGACUUGUCCUACCUUUUAACUAGAUCCUCACUAUUAUCAAAAUUAACACGAGUGAUCUCGUAUUGCAUUAGAUUUAUAAAAAAUACCCGAGUCCAACGUAAUCAGAGAUUAGUGGGGGCGCUCAAUGCAAACGAACUUGAUGAAGGUACAAGGGCACUAGUUCGAUAUCUCAACAGCAGGACUUUGCAUGCGAGAUUAGGAAUUUAA